CGCUCGGGGCUGUUGUCAGAAGGAGCCGCUUAGCGAGCAGCUGACGGAGCCGCCGCGCUGUGGGGACUCGCUGCCAUGACUCUGGAGGAGAUCCACGGACAGCAGCCUGCGCCCGUGGGCCACGACUGGAUGCAGGGCGCCGGCACGGCCCUCCACGACCUGCUGGUGUCGGCGCAGCGCCGAGGCUGCCUCACCGCCGGCGUCUACGAGUCGGCCAAGCUGAUGAAUGUCGACCCUGACAACGUCGCGUUCUGCGUGCUGGCCGCGGACCAGGAGGACGAGGGGGACAUCGCCCUGCAGAUCCACUUCACCCUGAUCCAAGCCUUCUGCUGCGAGAACGACAUCGACAUCGUGCGGGUGAACGACGUGGCCAAGCUGGCGGCCAUCGUGGGGCCCAGCGAGGAGUCCGGGGAGCCGCGGGACCUGCACUGCAUCCUCAUCACGAACCCGAGUGAAGAAGGCUGGAAGGACCCAGCUCUUGAAAACCUGAACUUGUUUUGUGAAGAGAGCCGAAAUGUCAAUGACUGGGUGCCAACCAUCACCCUGCCCGAGUGAUGGUGACCCGGUGCACUGGGGAGGCUGAAACCUUUGUUGCAUUCUCAACGUGGUGUGGGUUCACCAAACUGCGCAACAAGCUGCUGAUUCCAUGGAUUAGCCUGGUCAAGAGACUGGAUUAAGGUCCCUCAGACUGGCAUGCAGUGGGCUCUUACAGAGGAGAAAGAGGAGAACAGCUCACCUCACCAGUGAGCCUCAGUAGGCUGCAACCAUGGAGAGGCUGACAUACCAUGGAACUGAAAGAAGUAUUGCAAGUUUGUCAGCCAUGUGGAGCUGUUUCAGAAGGGAGAGAGAAAGUCAGGGGAAGUGGGCCAAAACUUUCCAGAAGGACUGGAUAGAGUUCUGGAACUAGGAACUGUUGGUGCUGUCUGCAAAACAUGCAGGAGAAAGUUUUCAAUAUUUGGUGGACUGCUGGGGACUGGUUACUGAGACAAAUACAGAGAUUCCAAAGCAGACAGACUUCAACAGGCCUCUUGGGUCACUCUGCAGAACUGGUUUAAUAAUGCAAUAACUUUUAUUGAAAUAUUUGCUGCUAUUGAAGCUUUCAUAAUAAAUUUUUGACAAUUAA